CCAGUCGAGCCGUUAGUGUCGUUGCCGUUGCCAGAAGAACGGUGCUGUGAUGUGCAUCGUGGUGGAGCACGCAUCCUGAAGGACGUACUCGUCGACCAUCCACCGAGAUUCCGGGGUUCGCUGGAACCUCCGAACUCCGCAGUCCCUUCCUCCUCCUCGAAUCGCGGUGAUCACCCUUCGGUCCUCGCGUUCUCCAAAGCCCGCUCUCGCGGUCCAGCUCUCCUCCUCUCCGUUUCUCACCUAUAAAAACACACCGCGCGGUAACACGCUUCGCGUGGCAACUCUUCCUUCCCCGGAAGGUGCGCGGAUGCCCAAGUAAACGGUAGUAAGUAAGCACGUAAGUUGCGCGGUGAGUUGUGAGGUGAAGCUAACGGAAGACGAUCGAGGAGGAAGAGGGCUCCAAGAGGAGAGACAUCAGAGAUAAAGCAGCCGAGAUGCCGUGCUCCGCGGUGACGCUGUCCCUCGCCACCAUAACCGGUAUCAUCGCCACUGCCCUUCUGGCGAUCGCCUUUUCCACGGACAACUGGCUCUACACCGAGGUCAAGCGCGCCCAGAUCCAGCAAUACGCGAGCAAGCAUGCCGAGCAGAGCCACUUGAUAGAGCAGAUGAACACGAAAUAUUAUUAUUACACGAGGACUCAGGGUCUAUUCAGGAUAUGUUACCCCAAAGAGAGACCACCGACAGUCGAGACUUAUUUGAGUCCUGUAGAAACGCACUGCAUGAAUAUUGACUAUUUUAUUCCCGAUGAAGAAAAUCAGACGAGAGGUUUUUCUGAUGAUGCAAUGGCACGAUUACAUAUGGGAAGAUCUGUGAUAGCUCUAUUCAUGAUCGGCUUUCUCGCGAUAUUUUCGGCAUUCUGGACAGGAGUAGUCGGGUGUUGGAGAAGAUCACCAGGGAACAUUACGGCCACGGCGAUUCUGAUGUUAUUCGCCUGCCUACUGAGUGCUGGCGGUAUGGGCUUGUGGCACGGCGUCGAGUAUUAUGAAAAAGAGAAAAUCGUCGGGGAGGAAUAUUAUCAACAAUGGAGCAACGUUUUAAGAGAUCACACGGCGCAAUGGUACGACUGGUCGUUUUACCUCGCCUGGCUAGGGGUGGCCACGUGCCUGGGCACGAUGACGCUAUUCCUGAUCGCGGCAUCCUGCCUGAGAAGGGAGCGUGCCCGCGAGCAGGCCCAGAACAUUCAGUACAUUAUGCCAGUGUACCCGCAGAAGCAGCAGUACGCAUACGCCGGAUAUCCGGCACCGGCGGCCUAUCCGGGACCGUAUUAUCACGGUUCUCAAUAUGGGCCUUACAAUUAUUGAAGGAAUUAGGCCGGUCGGCAUCGAAGGAAAAAAAGUGACCCGAGCGCGCUCGUCGCCAGCAUCGAAAAAAUUCGCUAUCGUGUUCACUUGAUAGGACAAGGAUCAAAAAUAUUCAAUAUGAAAUUUGAGAGACUCUCGUCGAGAUCGAUCCAUGAAGAUGCAAAAGGAUCGAAGGGUCCUCUUAGGAGUAAUUUACCCCUAAUUAAAAAUUCGUGGCUACGCAAAUGUUGCUCCGAAAUAUGAUUGCUACCACGAGAUUCUCAAAAGCGAGCUCUUUUCUUCCCGCGAUGGUCCGAUCGUUUGGUUCCAUCCAACCGAGAGCAAGAACGAAGGACUAAAAAACGCCUGAGAGAAAGUUUCUAAAGAAAGCCUGAAAAAUUCAGGAAUUUUUUUCGACGUUCUUACUCGCGUUUUUUAGACAUUCGCGUUGUUUCGAAAGUGCGACUUGCUCAAAAUCCGCGUACUUAUAUCUAGUAAAAGUGAGAAAUCAUUUUGUACUUUUUUUCCAGUUCGAUAAGUAAACGCAUCCAUCGUCCUUCGCGUAUCCUUAGUCGUGUGCUAAUCGCAUGGACGUGGAUUUGCGUUCUCGAGAAAUUGCGUUUCCAUCUGAUCGGAAUCCGAUGAUUGAUUUCACCGAGCUUUCUCGAAUUCUCAUUAACGGACGUUAGAUCGAUGAUUCAUUCAUUUCAUCACAGAGAAGAGAGGGUCCAAAAGAAAGCUCAUUCGAGCGCUCGUCACGGAUUUAACGGACGUUAAUCGCCUUGAGGAAACUUGAUAAAAACAGUCGCGAGUCUUGUAAUUGAAUUGAUCGAUCACGUCGAUCGAAUUCAGAUCUUGCGAAGCUUGGCUCGCUUCGACGCCGCGUUUAUCUUUAUUUAUUUAACGCGAUCGAAGCUCAAAUCUCUCUCGAAGAGAGGAGUCGUCGAGCUUGCGCUCUCACUUCUUUCUUGGUAGUGCCAAAUAUUAAAUAAAUAUGUCGCCGACGAACGCAAGAAGAGAGAGAUUGAAUUGUGUGAUUCUGCGAAAAUAGUCCGGGUCGCGAAUUUAACUGCUUUAAAUUUAAUAGAACGAGAGAUUUCGAUGAAAGAUAUUAAAAUCAACAAUAAUAUGAAGCAUGAUUUGGAAGGAAAUUUUCAGUUUUCCCUAAAUCAUCUUAUAUUGACAGCAUUCCAUUGAAAAUCUUUCUGGGACGCUGUUGAAACCCAUAUUUAAUAAAUUAGAAAAUCGACUCGAACAAGUUAAAAUCACUUUCUCGAACGCGUCGCAUCGUAAUAUAAUGUAAACAUUUAUAUAAUAUAUGGUGCUGCUAGGAUCGUUAACGAAUUCGAAAUUUGCUUAGUAUGUAUUUCUUUUGAUAACGUCAAUUUGUAAGAUUCAUUACAUCAAUAGAAUAUGUAAGAUGUUUAUGAAGUAAGAUAAAAAUAUACUCUCUCUCUCUCUCUUUCUCUCUUUCUCUCUCUCUCUCUCUCUCUCUCUCUC